AUGCAGUCCGGGAUUUCAGCGUCCUCGGACCUACACGAGGCGUUUUCCGACUUCGCAUCGAACCAUGACCUAUUCUCCCUCCCAGUGACCAUCACGACCGAAUCUCUCACGCCUCUACCGUCAAUCCGGUUCCCCUCGUCGUCCUCGACCUUCCACAGCACGCUGUCGAGUCUCGACAACCUCCUCGACCCAACCACCCCACUCUACCUUCUUCUGCGCAAGGAGCCGGCCAAACCGGACCUCGUGGCCGUGACAUACAUCCCGUCCCGGGCACCGGUGCGGCAGAAGACGCUCUUCGCAUCGACGCGGGCCACGCUCGUGCGCGAGCUCGGCAGCGAGAAAUUCGUCGAGACCGUCUUCGUGACGGAACGCGAAGAGAUCCUCGAUCCGGCGCAAUGGCAAGAACGCGCGGGAAGUACAGCCGACACAUCUGGACAGACUGGACAGACUGGAGCGGACAGUAGUGGUAGUGGCGGGGGCGUCGACCCGGGCCUCCUGAGUGUCGAAGAGCGGGAAUUACAGGCCGUCAAGCGCGCCGAGGAGGAAGAGCGCCAUGGCACCCGUGGCCGCGACCUCAUGAACCAAGGCGGCAGCGGCGGGGCGGGGGCGGGAGGGUCGCAUGUUCGCCGCGGGCUCACGCUGAAAAUCACCGCCGAGGCACGCCGCGCUUUGGCUCAAUUGCAAGAAGCUGGGGGUUCGUCUUCGCUGGUCCAGCUCGGCAUCGACAUCGCUACAGAGACGGUGACGCUGCUUUCGACCAAGGCUGGCGUCGCGCCCGAUGCUGUCCCGGGUCUCAUACCGGCGGGACAGCCUAGUUAUAGCUUCUACAGCGUGCCGCGGAGUCAUGAGGCUGGAAACCCUGGACCCGGAGCAAUCUUCAUCUACGUGUGUCCUGGCACCAGCAAGGUCAAGGAACGCAUGGUCUAUGCCAGCUCGAGACGGGGGGUGCUGCAGAUCGCCGACGAGGAGGGCGUCAAGGUCUUGAAGACUCUCGAGGCUGGCGAGCCGGAUGAUUUGGUUGGGAGGCUGGACGAUGAGGUGAAGGCCUUGGCUGGGCCCUCGGAAGAUGCUGAAGCUGACGGUAAGGAUGCGGCCCCGGCUUCGACGGCAGGACCGGCGAGGACAGGCUUUGCGCGACCUAAGAGGCCGGGAAAGCGGUAG